CCCCAACACACGCUCUCUCGUCCUCUCUCUUUCCACACAACACCCUUCCAAACCUGACCAACAACCUCAGCGACAUUUGCGCUGCCACAGCCUUACGAGAAUCAUGUCUAGUCUCUGUAUCAAUCGUUUGUCCGAGGAGAGGAAGCAAUGGCGACGCGACCACCCAUUUGGCUUUUUCGCAAAGCCUAUGCGCAACCCGCAAGGCGUAAUGGAUCUCAAGCGGUGGGAUUGCGGCGUUCCAGGCAAAGAGAAGACAAUUUGGGAAGGCGGACUGUUUAAGCUCGAGGUGGCGUUCCCGGAUGAGUACCCAACGAAGCCACCAAAAUGCAAAUUCACACCGCCGCUGUUCCACCCCAACGUCUACCCUUCCGGCACCGUCUGCCUCUCGAUUCUGAACGAAGAAGAAGGCUGGAAGCCUGCCAUUACCAUCAAGGAGAUUCUUCUGGGCAUUCAGUCGCUGCUUGACGAGCCCAACCCGGAGUCCCCGGCACAAGCCGACGCCUUCAACUUGUUCAAAAAGGAUAAGGUAGCGUACGAGAAGAAGGUCAAGACCAUCGUCAAGGAGAAUCCUGCACCCUAGUUGAAAAGCUGCGGCAUGGUCCGACGGUCCCCAUCGGAGCUUGAUUUGCUUGCGGAUGCGGUUAUAUUCGUAUAAGGGAUGGAAAAACGGGUUUCU